AAUUGGAAGGUGGUAUAGAUUCAGAAUCUAAUAAUAAAUUAUAUAUAGGGUUAGCAAAAGAUAAAGAUGAUAUAGGUUUGGAAGUAAGAGAAAAUAGUAAAGGUUUAGUAAAUUCAGAUUUGGAACUAGCAGAAAGUAGAUCUAGUGUGGUAUCAGAUUUUGGGUUAGAUUCUAUAUAUUCAUUAAGUUUUAAAAAAAGUGAGAAUAUUAUGUAA